AUGCAGAAGACGUUCUGGCUCCUCACCACCUCACUGGCUUUAGGGCUCAGCAGUGCCCCAGAGGUGCACCCAAAAGCAAGGGAAAACCGUGGGUUUCUAGCCAUCACAAUGUCAUCAUCAUGCUUACAACGGAUGUGUUGCUUUGACCCAUCCAUCCCGAAUGUGCCCUGGUGCUUCAGACCUGUCUCCAGGCGAGCAAUGAAUCUCAAAGUGAUCUGUGCGCUCUCCGUCAUCCUCAUCGUAUCCCUCAGCACCUUCGCAGAGGGAAAGAUGUUACCAACAAAGUGCCAGUGUAAAAUGGCCCCCAGCGAGCGGAAGAACUGCGGUUACCCGGGAAUCUCACUAGCGGAAUGCAGCAAAGCUGGGUGCUGCUUCAAUGAUUCAGUCGCCGGCGUUCCCUGGUGCUUUGCUCCUAAGCCAAAGAAAGUGAAGAAAGUAUGUCCCAACAAUCCCCAUGCCAGAGCAAACUGCGGCUUCCCCGGCAUCUCGGCUGAGGCCUGCGAAAGGAAGGGGUGCUGCUUCAAAGCACAACCCGCUGGUGUCCCCUGGUGCUUCUACCCCCACAUGGUGGAGGAAGCUUGUUAA